GCUCACAGAAUGAGAAGUCCCCAUCCACCAAGCUUUGUACUUUGCUUACUUACCUUGUUCACUUCCUGCUAGACUGACAGCUCCCUGAGAGCAGGCAUUUCUGAGUCUUAGUCACUGCUUUUAUAGCUAGAUCUAGAACACCCAUGUGGAGCCAGACUGCCUGGAUUCAGAAUCCCAGUUCUUCUCCUUCCUUGCUGUGUGACUCCUGGACAACCUCUCUGGGGCCUCAGCUUGCUCAGCUGAUGGGUGUCAUGAUAGCGCCUCCCCCAUAGUGUGGUCACAAGGAUGAGAGCAGAACUUUCCUGGGAAGUGCCUGGAGUAGUGCCUGGCACACAGUAGGUGGUCAGUUGAAUAUUUGAGAGACAAGAUAGUUUUACUUACAAAGACAUAGCAAUGUCUACCUUAUUUCCCUGAGAGAAGAUGCAUGUUUUCCCCCCAUUUGAACCUUUCUGAAAAUGGAAUGGAUUUUACAGUCAGUGGUGUCUGGGGAUUAUAAUUGACAAUGUUUUUUUCCAUUCUUAUUGACACUUAAAAUACUACUGAAGCUUAGAUUUGAUGACAUUUAAUAAACAGAUGACAUAUAUUAGGUGGAAAUAUGUGAUUUCUGAUUUUCAGGUGCUUUGACUUAUAAAGCUAUGAUUUUAUAACCUAAAAGAUGGUUAGAAAGGACACACGUAGAUUCCAUUAUUAGAUAAAUCAGCAGUUCUCAAUUUUUUUUUUUUUUCUUUUUGGUCUCAGGACCUCUUCACACUCUUAAAAUUAUUGAGGACCCCAAACAGUUUUUAUUGAUCAGGGUUAUAUUGGUUGUUACCACAUUCAAAGUGAAAACUGAGACAUUUUAAAAAUAGGCAUUCAUUCAUUUAAAAAUAGCAACAAUGUGUUAGAAUAAGCAGUGUGUAUUUUUAUUAAAAUAACUGUAUUUCAGGACAUUGAAGGGGAGGAGUGGCACAGUGGCAUUUUUGCCCGUCUCUUUAGUGUCUGGUUCAGUAGAAGCCAGUUGGAUUUUCCUAGCUGCUUCUACGUUUGGUCUGUUGCAAUAUUCCAUGUCAUGUGGACUCUGGAAAACUCCACUGUACGCUCGUGAGAGUAACCAAGUGAAAAAGGUCUAUUCUCCGGUGACCCCAGUACCCACCAUGGCCCCCCUCAACUCCUACAUGACCCUGAACCCGCUGAGCUCUCCCUACCCCCCAGGGGGGCUCCCUGCCUCCCCACUGCCCACUGGACCCCUGGCGCCCCCAGCCCCCGCAGCGCCCCUGGGGCCCACCUUCCCAGGCCUGGGCGCCAGCACGGGUGGAGGCAGCAGCUCAGGGUACGCGGGGCUGGUCCCCGGGAAGGAGAUGCCGAAGGGGCACCGGCGGCCCCUGGCGCACGCCAAGCCGCCCUACUCCUACAUCUCGCUCAUCACCAUGGCCAUCCAGCAGGCGCCGGGCAAGAUGCUCACCCUGAGCGAGAUCUACCAGUGGAUCAUGGACCUCUUCCCCUACUACCGCGAGAACCAGCAGCGCUGGCAGAACUCCAUCCGCCACUCGCUCUCCUUCAACGACUGCUUCGUCAAGGUGGCGCGCUCCCCGGACAAGCCGGGCAAGGGUUCCUACUGGGCCCUGCACCCCAGCUCAGGUAACAUGUUUGAGAACGGCUGCUACCUACGCCGCCAGAAGCGCUUCAAGCUGGAGGAGAAGGUGAAGAAAGGGGCUGGCGGGAGCUCGGCCUCCAGGAACAGUGCGGGGUCGGCCUCCGCGGCCGCCGCCCCUGCCGCCACUGUGGCCUCCACGCCGCAGCCGCAGCCCCCGCCCCCGGAGCCGGAGGCCCAGGGUGGGGACGAAGUGGGGGCUCUGGACUGUGGCUCGCCCGCUGCUCCCUCCACACCCUAUUUCACAGGCCUGGAGCUCCCAGGGGAGCUAAAGCUGGAUGCGCCCUACAACUUCAAUCACCCUUUCUCCAUCAACAACCUGAUGUCGGAACAGUCGCCAGCACCCCCCAAGCUGGACGUGGGAUUUGGGGGCUACGGGGCAGAGGGUGGGGAGUCUGGGGUCUACUACCAGGGCCUCUAUUCCCGCUCUCUGCUUAACGCAUCCUAGCAGGGGUGGGGUGGGAGCGUGGUGGGUGGGAUCCGGCUGUAGCUCAUACCAUCGGGCUCGGGGCCUGACCUUUUCCCCCCGGGACGCCUUGCUCGUCCAGGCUGUCAACAUCUUGGUCCGCCUACUGCUCACCAUGGUGACUGCCAUCACUGGGCAUCCUGUUGAUCCACUGAGUACUAUGAUAGCUGCCACUGACAUCGUGGUGGGCCCACUGAGUACUGUGAAGACGGCCAUACUGAUCGAUGUGAUGAGGUUGACCUGUUGGGUCCUCAGAUGGCCACCCUCUGGGAUGACUUCUUGGUUGGCUCCUCGGGUGCUGUGAUGCCCAGCCUCUCGGCUGAGCCUCUGGAUGUGAUGGUGGCACUGUUUUGGUUACAUCUUUGGCCCAUUGGGUGCUGUGAUGGCCACCAUAUUGACCGCCUGCCAUCACCCGGGUACCCCUGUGCAAAAUGGUGGCCACCGCAGCCCCGGGGCUGGCCGUGUCAUCCCUGUCUCUGGUGUGAGCUGAGUGAGAGGUAGAGAUGAGGAUACUCCUUGUUUUUUGUUUUUUUCCUGGAGCCCAUUCUCCCUCUGAUCCUGGAGAAACCAGAAAGGACUGGUUAGGGUGUGGGGGAUUUCUACUAAAGUCUGGUUCUUGCCGAGGAAGGGGGUUACUGGCUGUGUUUGACCAUUAAAGGCACCAUUUCUGCCUCUUA